UAAAAGGCCCAAUUGGACAACGACAAAGCAGAACCCGAGUCGUUACCACACACACAGUCGUCACUCACCACCUCACCGUUCCUUAUCCAUUUGGCUGACGCAAAAUCGAAUCGGAACCCUAAAAUCUCUCCGAAAGCCAUGUCUCCUCCUCCUGCUGUAGUCACUGAAUCUGCCGAUGGACAACCUGAGCAACCACCGGUUACCGCCAUUGCUGAAGAGCUGGAGAAAAAGCUUCAGACUGAUGAACCGAUUGUAGAAGAUGUUAAAGAUGAUGAAGACGAUGAUGAUGAUGACGAAGAAGAGGAAGACGACGAUGCUCAAGGUGUAAGUGGAAGUUCAAAGCAGAGUAGAAGUGAAAAGAAGAGUAGGAAGGCGAUGUUGAAGCUCGGUAUGAAACCUGUCACUGGUGUUAGUCGAGUAACCAUCAAGAGAACGAAAAACGUUCUCUUCUUUAUCUCUAAGCCUGAUGUCUUUAAGAGCCCGCAUUCAGAAACCUAUGUUAUAUUCGGUGAGGCCAAGAUCGAGGAUUUGAGCUCUCAGCUUCAAACGCAAGCUGCUCAACAGUUUAGGAUGCCUGAAAUUGGAGCCACAUCUCAGAGAGCAGAGGCAUCGACAGCCACUGUAGAAGCACAGGUGGAAGAAGAUGAAGAGGAAAUCGAUGAGACCGGUGUGGAGGCUCGUGACAUUGACUUGGUCAUGACUCAGGCUGGAGUUUCUCGUAGCAAAGCGGUUAAAGCACUCAAGAGUCACGAUGGAGACAUUGUAAGUGCAAUAAUGGAACUCACUACUUGAGAGUUAAGAGAGAUUGAGUCUCUAUGCUUUAUUCACUUGCAGAUUGUUUUCAAAUACUUUUGGAUUUAUCAGGAAAUUGGAUUAUUGUUGUCCUUACGAGUAUCUAAUCUAGUUUGUUUGUUAUGAUGCUUAUGCAGUAUCUGAGUUGUACUCUGUUUUUCACGACAAUGUAUUGGAGAAAAUACAUAUCAAAAUUCGACUAAACAAAGUUCGAGA